AUGACCAUGGAGACAACCGCGCGCAAGAGUGGGCAGCAGACGCUCUCGCACUUGCUCGCCAUUGCGUACCAUGUGCUGGACGAGGUCAAGUACACGAACCUCAAGCCGCCGCUCCGCUCGAGUCUCAAGUCAUUUGCCGCGGACGUGAACGCGCCGGGAUCGCCGCCGUCGGAAGCAGAGACGGCGCAGGACGAGGCGUUUGCGGACGUCAAUGGACAGACUGUUGGGUUCGUGGGCGGUCAGGGCCACCCCGUUGUGGUCCCAUUUACGCAGGAGGAGAUUCAGGACACGUACACGAGGAUGGCGGCGCUCAAGACGCAGUACAUGAAGCUCAGUGCGGAGCUGCUGGAGGCGGUGAAGGAGCUGGAGAAGAAGAAGGAGAACGGGGUGCGGGACAAGGACGAGGAUACGGCGGUGGCAGCUUUGGUGGCCAAGAGGAACCAGCUGCGCAAGGAGGUCUACGAGAGGAACGUGGUGAUGAAGGGACUGAUUGAUCGACUGCGCAAUCUACAGCACUCGAUCCGACUCAUGCAGGGCGGCAGUGCGUAUCCCCCUAGCAUCGUCAUGGAAAGCGUUUGA